AUGAGUUCCAAAAACAAGAGAUACAGCUAUUUAUCGGGAUCAAAAAAUGAUCAUUUCAAUGUAGAAAAUGAGAUUAAAAAAUACCAUUUAGAUGUAUCGACAUUUGAUGUUAUAAGAGUGAAUAAUUUCCGUAAUUACAACUGUUCCACGUUGUUUUGGUAUUUUUACAUGUGGGUGUUAAUCUUUUUAUCAUUUGCAUUAUUAGCCACAGAUAUCUAUUCGUGUCUAAAUAUUCUUGUUUUCCACAGAUGGGCUACUGACGAUUACAAGCCAUAUGCAUAUUCCAUUGCCAAAUGGAUUUUUACUGGCUGUAUAAUAUUUCAGUUCGUGCUACUACUUUAUCAUUGGAUAUGGACCAUACAUAUUGCAAGGACAAGAAACAUUGCCUUGGUAUAUCUAAAUUCCAUAGCCAAAAGACUUUAUCUGAUAAAAUAUUAUGACAAUUUUUGUUUACUAAACGGUAUAAAUGAAGGUCAUUUUUUCGAUUGGUGUUGCUUUUUAACAUAUUAUGAGAUAGACAAUGCAUUACAAAUAUUAGUGGCUGACACCCCAAGACAAGUUAUUAAUGUAUUGACAUUAAGAUAUUAUGCCACUGGUGGAGAGUUAAACAACAAUAUUUUGAAUAAUAUUGAAGAAAUUGCCAAUACAAACUUGUACUUAUCUGUCAUUUUGAGUUUCAUGUGUUUGUCGGUAUUCAUCUAUGCUAUAUUCUUGUUGAGAUUUGUAUUUGGGAUGCUUUGUUACAUCCCAUUAAAAAUUCAAUUGAGUAAUGAUGGCUAUAAAAGUUUCAAAGAUUACUGCUGCCACUUGAUUAACGAAAGCAUUGCUGAUGCUGUUAGAUUGCAUCACAAGCCAAAGAAAGUGUUAUUGGAACAAGGUAUAUUAUCAGAAGAGAGAAUUGCCCAAUUACCCGUGUUGGAAGACCGUCCACCUCGUUAUAAUGACUAUUCAAAGACUUUUUACCGUACAGAUACCAGUGCCACCAAGGAAUCAACUAUCCCAUUGAAUUAUAUGAAAGAUAGAUCAAAUUCCGCCAAUAAUUCCAGAGACGAUUUUGGAGACAACAGCAAGCAAAGAGUGUAUUCACCCAUUAAUGAUCAAACUAAUGGUAUUGGGAAGCGUCUAAGUCAAUUGAGGGAGAAAUAUACUCAACCAAGUUAUGGUAUAAUAGAGAAAUCUAGAUCAGUUGACUCCGUGGUGGACAAUGAACAACUGCUUUACAAAUCCAGACAACGAUCACAGGCUUCGCUUUUAAGUGAGGAGCAAAAAGACUUGAUGUACAAGCAACCACGAUCAACGAGCUUAACAUAUGACACAUCUAGAGCCCACGUAAACAACCCACCAAAACGGUCUAUCACUGACAUUUCAGAACAAAUUGGCCAGCAGAAUCUAUCAUCAUCUUUCAAGCCCACGAGGAAACCCCCUACUGCAACGCUAGGGUUUGGGAUCGACGAGAACAGUCAAGACAUAAAUUCUUUGACUACAUAUGACCAACCAGUACAGCCCUUACCGAAAUCUUACACACAAGACCAUCCACACAGACACAAAUAUGACGACUUCGCAGAACUGAUAACAAACCCUUUUGGGAAUUCAAGUUCAACAUAUUCAGGAUCAGUGGAUGAUUUUUCAAGAUCGAUAAAAACAGAUUAUCCAGAAGGAAGCGUAACUCCGUUAUACAGCCAGAUUAAACCAUUGAAAAAAUCAGCAACAGAACCAAUUAAUUCAUUUGAACUCUCAUAUCAAACACCACUGGAAACAAAGUUCAAACGUUCAUUUACUGAUGAGUACCCGAUUACUGAAGAGGAUAGAUUACAUUCUUCACAAAAUGAAAGCAAAAUGAACAACCAAGAAGACUACCAACAACGAGAAAGUCCUACAGGAACUGAUAUCAUAGAUGACUUUUUAGAAGACUUGAAUGCCCCGCCAGAGAAGGAACCCCCUUAUCCAGUAAGAGGAGUUUCGAAAUACUUUGAUACUUAG